UUAAAAAGCUGAUUACUAGUACAAAACUUCGAGUGUAAAGCCAAUUUAGUGAUAUUAAAUUAUAUAUUUUAGUGAUUUAACUGGUAGAUUUUUCUUAUUCUUGAAACAAAUAACUUUAUCAACAUGAGUAGCCCCAAAAACAGCAAUCCAGACUAUGAGAAAUAUGAACAAUAUGAGUUCGAGAAUGAUAAGCACAUGUAUAGUGGACAUUCAGGUAAAGGCAGAACAAAGGCUGAGGUAGCAGCUCAUACAAAUCACAAUGAUCCAAGUGGACAUACUCGUAAGAUUGUAACAAAACUUCAAAACUCUGAGAAAAAUAAGAAGGAAGCAAAGAAUUAAGUAUUUCCAAGCAUUCAUAAAAAAUCUCUGCCAAUCAUUAAACUACUACGAAAAUCAACACUACUUAAUAUUUCUUUCUUCGUCAUCAACAGCUUAAAAAUUAUUAUCAAAAAAGUCGUGAAAAGUAUGUUAUUGAUAACUACUAUUAUUAAUGCGUUGUUUUCGUUAAGAAGCAACCUUUAAACGUUUUUCUUUUGCAAAACUGGAUUUAUUUUACGAUAACACAAGACUUGAUGCAAAAGAUGUGUUCAUCAGUCAUUUAAUGAAUUAAUUGUAAAUUCUUUCAUCCCAGUUUAUAGCACGCAAGCUAUUAAAAUUGCGUAAUGUUUCUAAUCUUUUUAUUCUUCGUACUAUUAUUAAAAAU